AUAGAAUUGAAUAAACAUGUUUACUGUAAUAUAGUAUAUUCUAUAACUUAACUUGAACGUAAAAAGUCAGAUAAAACUGUUCACAGAUUCUGGGGAUUUUAGUAAUAUUCUGAAAAAAACAGGAUUUUUCUGGUGAAAAAAAAUGGCUGAACAAAUAAUAUUUAUACUGUUACUUAUUGGAUAUUUACAUUUUUCCAUGUGUUUAUCUAAUGAUGAGCCACAUGCAUGUUAUAAUAAAUUUGAAUACGAAUAUAACGUUUUGCAGAAACUUAUCGUGCUAGAAGAGAAGAUGAAACAACAAGAGGAGACAAACAAUGCUUUAAGAAAUGAAUUAAGCGAUGCAAGAGAAGUGAUAACUGGAAUGAAGAAAAAAUUUAUCAGAGCCGAAAGAUCAUUUGACGGGUCAACAUAUACCCGUUGGGGUAGGACCAUUUGUCCUAAAGAAGCCUUUCUCGUUUAUGAAGGUUAUGCCGCUGGUGGUCACUACACUCACAAGGGUUCGGGAUCAAAUUAUUUGUGCUUGCCUAGAGAUCCUACAUGGGGUCAAAACAUAGAUGGUUUCCAAUCAGCCGACAGAAUAUACGGAGCUGAAUACCACACCGGCGAUUACCCAUACUGGAAACAUUUACAUUACCAAGACGUGCCUUGUGCAGUAUGCAGAAUCCCUCGGAAUAAUGUCCUUAUGAUUCCUGGAAGAAACAUCUGUUACAAGGAUUAUGUUUUAGAGUACAGUGGUUAUCUUAUGGCUGGUCACUUCUCACACGCUGGAUCAUCGGAAUAUGUUUGUGUUGAUGAUAAACCAGAAGCAUUGGAAGCCGGAAAAGGAGCCAAAGAUGAAACAUAUUUCUUUUUUCGUCCAGGCUACAUGCGGGGUACUGAAGUGUCCACCAUAUGA